CCUAUAAAUGACUUGUUUCUUCUGGCUGGUUGUGUUUCAGAAACUGAGCCGCCUGUAUGACACUCUGCACAGAGCCUACAACAAAAUCAUGGAGGUGAUCCAGUCAGGCCGCAGGCUGCUGGGGACGUAUUUCAGAGUGGCUUUUUAUGGGCAGGAUUUCUUCGAGGAAGAGGAUGGAAAGGAGUACAUCUACAAAGAGCCCAAACUCACCGGCCUGUCAGAGAUCUCGCUGCGCCUGCUCACCCUCUACGGAGACAAGUUUGGCCCAGAAAACAUCAAGAUCAUUCAGGACUCCAUCAAGGUGAACCCCAAGGAGCUGGACUCCAGGUUCGCCUACGUCCAGGUGACGUUCGUCAAGCCCUACUUCGACGAGAAGGAGGCGCCGGAGAAGAAGACGGACUUCGAGAAGUGCCUCAACAUCAGAAACUUUGUGUUCGAGACGCCGUACACGCUGUCGGGGAAGAAACACGGCGGCGUGGAGGAGCAGUGCAAGAGGAGGACCGUCCUCACAACCGCCAACACCUUCCUGCGUUUUGUGGAGGCGUGCAGCAUGGCGCUAGACAUUAACGAGCGGAUCAUCAAGGAGGACCAGUUCGAGUAUCACCAGGGCCUCAAGUCUAACGCCGCUGUCAUACGAAGUCACCCGCUGUAUGUCUAA